CCUGUGUUGAUUUUGCGCACAGGGACCUACCUACCUUUAGUACGCUGUUCGAGUCACGCACAGAAAGUCAGCCCUUGGUGGCAGCUGGAUGGAUACAUAGUCGCUUUGGUUCAUGGACUUUGAAGUCUUCUUGGAGACGUUAAGGAGCUACGUUCAUGUCCUUAGAAUCAUUCAUUGUCUAGUGGGGAAUGGCAGAGCGGCUUGGCGCUAGACGUGGCACGAGUACUGUGCCUUCUGUGGAUCAUAAAUUCGAUUUACGAUUCCUCGGGGCAUCAGAAGCGUGUAUUGAUUGAUUGAGACUCAGUCUCGGGUCGCUGACCUUGAAGCAUCCAUCAAGCACUGUUGCAGCAUGCCGUCGCCCAGUUGCUGGAGCGGGAUUCAUUGUGGCUGUGUCUCCCUGCAGCAUCAUGCAGAACAUUAGUGCGGACAGCACCUUUUGAUACAUGUAUUUCAGACUUGUCGGCACUCGAUUUUCCUUUCAAUCUCAGCCGCAUGUCAGCAGUCGAAAUCCCGAUAAAAUGGAAGAAUCGUCUUCUUCGAGUGGCAGAGACCAGCAGUCGACACGUCCUAAUGCUGAACCAGGCGCUGGACGAGUGUCAGAAUCGUCCAGAUCCAGUCCUCCCUCGCGUCAGCGCAGGUCGGUACCAGACGUAGACUCUGAAGCAGAUUCCGACGACGACGCUCGGGGCUUGAUCACACAGCUGAUCGAAAACAUUGGUUCCGAGCUCUUCGAGCAGGUCAACGAGAUUGAUCCGUCCAUUUGUCCACCUUGCGUCAACAUUAUCUGCGCUUUCUCAGAAGGCAUGGAACCUAUCAGAACGCCAGGCAAGGCAUCCAUAUCAAUGCUCAUGCAUCACCGGUCUAUGAAAGCACUGUCUGAAUGUUCCAUGACAUGUCAGAUGUGUCGGAUUCUCAUCCAUCUGCUGAAAGCAGGCGGUUCAGAUGCAGCGGUUCUGGGACAAAACCUCUCGGCGAAUGAGAGGAAGCUAGUCAGACUUUUGGAGAGGGAUCGAGGGAUUUUCGACCAUACAAUCACAGCACCUGAGGCAGGAUGGUGGGCAAUGAGACCUUGGAUGGUGGUAUUGUAUUCCACGACGGCAUUGUAUGAGAUGCGAAACGGGCAGCCGGGGAAUCUAGUGGUUCCGACGAUGGAGGAAGAUGUUCAUUUUGAGUUGCCGAUGGAGAGGGCGAACGUUUUGGGGAGAUGGGCAAGGGCUAUGAUCUUAGGACAUGAUGGCGACCAUCUUUCUAGAGAGUCUCCAUUGGCCAGAUCCUCUUCGUCGUCCUCAGAAAUCGAAGCAAGCCAAGAUGAUAUAAAGAAAGUUGAGCGACCUUCGGAUGAGAGUCAACAAAUCCCCAAAACUUCGUCAACAGUGGCUCUCGAGCCAGUUGGUGAGGCACCAACUCCAAGCUCUGAAGGACUAGCGAGAUCUGAGUAUUUGGCUGCGAGAUCGAUAUCGCGACAUGUGGAUCGCAUACUCGAACUACAAUCUGCGGCGUGGUCUCUGAAUAAGAGAUACAUGUUUCACAGUCUGGGAUACAGUCUGAGAGAAGUACGGGGAUAUAAAGGGCAAACUGUAGAACUGCAGUUAGCCUACGCCAAGUCGAGAUAUCCUGCUCGGGUAUUUACUACUAAAGAUGACCAAACGUCUGGCAAAAAUCUGGGAAGACCAGUAUUCCACAACGCUAAGUCUCCGGAGACGCUUGAAUUGAUGAAUUCUUGGUUCUCUAAUUGCUUGGAGAACCAUCCUGAAUGUUCAUGGUCGCGUGGAAAUUCUGACACGGACCCAAUCCUCCCAUCGAGGGUCAUUGAUCUGGGUGAAAGCUCAUCGCCAGGCUUUGUCCCAUGCCUCAUUUCACCAGGACACAAAAGAGGCAAAUGGGCGACUCUAAGUCACAGAUGGGGCCACGGCGAUAUUCUGAAAACAGUUAGCCGGAAUGUUGAGGAGUUAGAAGCCGGAAUCGACGUCUCAAAACUCCCUGCGACAUUUCAAGAUGCGAUCUUCUUGACAAAGCAUCUUGGUCUUCGUUAUCUCUGGAUCGACUCUUUAUGCAUCAUACAGGACUCUCCUCAAGACUGGCUGAAGGAAGCGGCUAGUAUGCCCAACAUAUACAGAAACUCACAUAUCACCAUAGCAGCAGCCGCGACAGAGAGCAGCACAGGUGGCAUAUUUGUCGAUCGAUCAUGGCUUCCGACAUCUAAGCCCUGCAAACUUCCCGUGCAAGUCAAAUCCGCUGAAUCCUAUGGGACUGUUCAUUUCGAUAUUCCCUUCGAUUCAAACCCUCAAGGUAUAGAGACGAAUUACCUCCGCACUCGAGCAUGGUGCAUCCAAGAAUCUCUUCUCAGCCAUCGCCUCCUCACAUUCGACACUCUCCAAAUGUCGUACAUCUGCGUCCGCGAAAACCGCAUCGAAAGCCGAGAGUUACCUCCCGCUCUAGCCCGCGAAGAACGCAACAAAUUCCUCGAGCAGUUCCAAGCCGGAGCAUCUACCACACAUCAACACGACAGCCAAACCCUCCGUAGCAUGAUCAUUAGCUGGUACGAUAUCCUCUACGACUACACACGCCGCGACCUUACUUUCUCGAACGACAAACUCGUCGCUAUUUCAGGGAUUGCGAGUAUUGUCGGGACGUGUAUACAAGAUGAGUAUUAUGCUGGAUUGUGGAGACACGAUAUGCCGAGGGCACUGCUCUGGUCGCCGUAUGAAGAGGAGACGCUUCCAAAAGCGCCGCAUAAAUCGAGUUUGCCACCUAUUUAUAGAGCGCCUAGUUGGAGUUGGGCGGCGGUGGAGAGUCCCAUUUCGUGUUUUCUGUGCAGGGAGCGGUUGCCGAAUCCGCCGAUUGCGGAAGUGCUGGAUGUGGGUACGAAGCUGGUGGGAGAGGAUGUCUAUGGGCAGGUUAGCGAAGGGAGAUUGGUGAUCAGGGGGCCGGUGAAGCGGGCUGUUGUCGGAGUUAAGUCUGAGGUUUGGCCGGAGCAGCCGUUGCUGAGGUUGGAGGGGUGGGAGGAGGGGGAUAUUACGCAUGGGGUUUUUGAUUUGGAGUGGUUGGAUGAGGGGACGGAGGUGUGGUGUUUGCAGAUUACGGCUGCGUAUGGAUUGAUGUUGGUUAAGGUCGGGGGUGAGGAAGAUGUGUUUUCGAGGAUUGGUGUGUUUCAUUUGCGACAUACUUGGUUGUCGAGCCCGGUAUGGUUUACAACGGAUGAUGUCAAGACUAUCAGCAUCAUAUGAGGACGGACUUUUCGGCAUUCUUCGUCAACUUCGCCUGCUGAUCAAUAGUCAAUUGGUUGCUAUAUGAUAGGGACGUGUUGCAAAUAUCACGCAGAGAUAUUGGCCACAUGAUGGUUGAGAUUUCGACUCGAAGCCCGCCAUCGUUAGUGACUCAGCUGUCUAGAUACCAGGAUACGAAAGUUUGGCAAUUCAAUACUCAAAUCAGAAGCAAAUAUUAUUCAUUUGAUAUUGAUUAUUAAA